AUGGCUCUUCCCAGUUACUGUAACCAUUCGUUCAACCUGCUCAAGUCCGAAUCAACGCUCAUACAAUGGGUUUGUUCUAUGUGCCACGGCGGGCCUCAUUGGUACAUCUUUGAGUGCAAGUAUUGCAAGUUGAAGACUUGUCGGCCCUGUACAAACAAAGUUUAG